AUGAUGUGCCUGGAAAGCGACGGCUCCUCCGGCAGCAGCCCGGCUUGCGGCGGGCGGCUCCGAGCCGGUGACGAGGAAGAGGAGGAGGAGGAGGAGGAGGAGGAGGAAGAAGAGGGCGAGAGAGGCUGCUGCGGCCGGGGAGCGGAGGGCGAGGUGCAGACGCUGUCGGGCAGCAUGAACCCGCCGCCCGAGCGCCCCGCAGCCCGUCGCAAGGCACCGAGCCUCGGCCGGGCACGCGUGGCGGCCGCCGGCAUCCUCAGCGUGGGCAACGUGCUCAACUACCUGGACCGGUACACGGUGGCAGGUGUGUUACUAGACAUCCAGCAGCACUUUGGAGUCAAAGACAGUGGGGCUGGCUUACUACAGACAGUUUUCAUUUGCAGUUUCAUGGUUGCGGCACCCAUCUUUGGUUACCUUGGGGACCGUUUCAACAGAAAGAUCAUUCUCAGCUGUGGGAUCUUCUUCUGGUCAGCUGUCACUUUUUCCAGCUCUUUCAUCACUGAACAGUAUUUCUGGCUUCUUGUGCUCUCACGAGGUUUGGUUGGCAUCGGUGAAGCAAGUUACUCCACUAUUGCUCCAACCAUCAUCGGAGACCUUUUCACCAAAAACACGAGGACCCUUAUGCUGUCUGUUUUCUACUUUGCAAUUCCUCUUGGCAGUGGCUUGGGAUACAUUACUGGAUCAAGUGUGAAGCAAGUUGCUGGAGACUGGCACUGGGCAUUGCGGGUAUCUCCACUCCUAGGAAUGAUAACAGGGACACUCAUCUUGAUAUUUGUACCCGCUGCUAAAAGAGGAAAUGUUGAACAACUUGGGGGACAGCUGAAGGCUCGGACCUCAUGGCUAAGAGACAUGAAGGCACUGAUUAGAAACCGCAGCUAUGUGUUCUCCUCACUGGCCACCUCAGCUGUCUCUUUUGCCACUGGGGCGCUCGGCAUGUGGAUCCCUCUCUACCUUCACAGAGCACAAGUUGUGCAGAAGACUGCAGAGACUUGCAACUCGCAGCCCUGUGGCACCAAAGAUAGCUUGAUCUUUGGAGCAAUCACAUGCUUCACCGGUUUCCUGGGUGUUAUCACAGGAGCUGGGGCAACCAAAUGGUGCCGCUUAAAAACCCAGCGAGCUGAUCCUCUUGUCUGUGCUGUUGGCAUGCUGGGGUCAGCCAUCUUCAUCUGUCUGAUCUUCGUUGCUGCCAAGAGCAGCAUUGUGGGAGCCUAUAUUUGCAUUUUUAUUGGAGAAACUCUUCUGUUUUCAAACUGGGCUAUCACAGCAGACAUACUAAUGUAUGUGGUCAUCCCAACGCGCCGUGCAACCGCAGUGGCCUUGCAGAGCUUCACUUCACACCUCCUGGGAGACGCUGGCAGUCCUUAUCUGAUUGGAUUUAUCUCAGACCUGAUACGACAAAGCACAAAGGAGUCCCCGCUCUGGGAGUUCCUCAGCUUGGGGUAUGCACUCAUGCUCUGCCCGUUUGUCGUUGUCCUAGGAGGGAUGUUUUUCCUGGCCACAGCCCUCUUCUUCCUAAGUGACCGAGCCAAAGCUGAACAACAGUAA